AUGCGAUUUAAGGAUGAGCCGUCGUAUCUGUUGCAGAACGCGGAGGAAGGUAAAGUACAAGACAAUAUUGAAGUGGAGCGAUUCGGUCAUUUGCCUCCUGGAAUGCUUGAUACUGAGACAAGCUUGGGCAAAAAUUCCCUCAGCAACGAAACAAUUGAGGAGGAUUCUUUUCCAUCUCCUGUCGAGAUCAGCCAGGCUGGAAAUGUAACGGAUGCAGACUCCAUCGCAGCCGACAGCAACUCGACGCAGCCAUACUUGCAGGCCAAUGAUACUGGCUUUUCAGGUCGACAUACAAUUCAGUCAAUUGCAAAAACUUAUGCGAACAAGUCAGGGACUUUCGUUUCGGAGAAUAAAUUUAAUACGAUGUUUGCCGGCCCAACGGGCGCCCACGAUAAGUCUCCAAUCAUCGAGAUACCGUCGAUUGUUGAUGUCAUUGAUGGAAAUUUCGAAAAUAAAGGCAACUCGUCAAAGUUAAAGUCUGCAUAUGUCGUCUCGAAAGAAGCCGACGAAACUGAUUCCCUUGCUGGCAAUGCCAGCUCUUCUGCAGAAACCAGUCCCAUGACAUCGGAACGAGGCUCCGAGCCUUGGUCAAUGGAAUCGAUAAACAAUUCGCUUAUAACAAAACCCGUGGCCGCAUCUGAGCUUGAGCAUAAGCAUGUAAAAGACUUGGUGCAAAUAAACAGGAUCAGCGAAGAGAGCGGUGGCACGCAGUACAAAAAGUCACUUAAUGGUGGGGAAAACGAUACCGAGAAUUUGUCGACCCAUUCUAAGCUGAAUGUAGUACCGUCCACAUUUUUCAAUGAGAGUGCGCUCACAUCACCGGAGGCCUUUGUCAUGUCCAAAUUGACUUCUAACCACUCGGGAUGGCCCGAUCCCGUGACUCCGGCCAGUCUGGUCGAAAGAAGGGAGAUGGAUGCGAACGUCACUCAGCUUUACUCUACUGGCUCUUCUUACAUGUCCAUUGCUACGGAAAAGAACGCUACAGGAGUCGCAAAGACUCUCACCAAAAGCGCUAAAAGGAAGCCUUUUGAGAACACAACCGAACAUGUCAACAUCAAAGGCUAUCUCAAGGCAGAUGGGGCAACUAGGCCGAAAACAAUGAUCGCCACAACGGCAAAGUCCAACAUUACCAACAUUGCCGUUUCUCAAGCGAGCUUGUCGGCGUCUGAUGCAAACGUGACCGAGUGGCAGUCCGAAGCCUUGAGGAACAUCUCCAAGACUGAUAGAGACCAUCCACACCGUUCACUCAAUUUGAGCGCUGCCACUUUUCAUCAAGAGUCCGUUUUGCGGAACAAAACGCACAAGUUUCUGCACGAUAAAAAGACGAGACACUCGCACGGAAAGUCUCCGGACAAGACUAGGUCUUCCAACAAAGAAAAACAGAUUGACACCACUGACAAAAACUCCGCGCUAAGCCCGACAAGGAAUACGACUUUAGUGGUCAAGGAAGUGAAGAAACAAUCGCGCGAACAGAAUGAUCCGCACGUACACGACGAUGAUACUGGUCAGCAUAGUGAGUCAAGAAACACUACGAUUCUCAAAAUGCACAAGUCCUCGGCGCGCAAAUCGCUACGAGUAAAAUCGUCGUAGUUUAUUGGAAAUACCUCGCUGACUGCUGGUGAAU